GGUGUUUCGAGCUUUGAGAGAGUGUGACCGCUUUUGUUCUUUACUUAUUCGAUGGGCCAGUUCAGGGAUCCAGAAUUAGCCUUGGCGAAGGAGGUAAUUCUCCAAGCACAGGCGCAGACGACAAAAUGGGUCACGAUGACGUUGGUGCUUUCGUGUGUGGGGGUACUGGGGGUGACAGGGAUCAUGAUGGGGGUCUACCUGUCCGGGAACCUUGGAAAGGGAGACGAUUCAGAUGAUUCAGUCAAUCUUCCCGUAUUAUCACAAGCAAUGAAAGGAGCCAAUUUGGAGAGCGACGUAUCACAGAAUCACUUGGAUCUUAGUUUAUCAGACCCUAUUAAAGCACCCAAUCCAUUGCAUUCCACAACGCCUCAUUCUGAUGAUGAUGACGACCAACAUUCGCUUUCCAAUUUGAAUAAGCUGAAUGCAAAACAGGAUGACAAAGGUUUUCUAGCUAGUCAACUGCAUCACUUGAACAUGAUAGGAAAAGAAAUGCUAAUGCUUCCGCAUCUGACCCGAAAACCAAACGCAAAACCAAUUAUUUUACCACCACCUGCAACACAAGAAGAUAUAACGACAUCACUUCCCGUGGAAAAACUUACAGUUCCCGGAAAUACAGCGCCGAUGCCGAAUGCAGUUACCUUUGACACAACGAUAAGGGACUUCACCAUCUCCUCGAACAUUAACUCAAUCACGAACAAUUUUCUUGGUGAUGUUCGGGACACGCUUCACGAGAGUUUCUUUCAGCAACUUUCUCCAGAUAAUUAUGACGAUAAUAGCUAUGAAUUCAACAGUCAAGAAAAGACAGAGAUAUCAGAAGAAGAUUCGGACCAAGAGGUUUCGGUAGAAGACAACACAUCGGAAGAGACUACAAUUAGGGAAACACCUGGCACAGACAAGGAUGGGAGCAGUUCGAAAGAGCAAGUCAACUCUGGGAUAAUUUCUUCCGAAACUCAAAUUGAUGAGCAAUCGUCAACGGAAAAUGCAGACGAUAAAUCAUCUUCAGAGGAACAAACUGCAGAUGAUUCAACUGGAGAGGAUACCGUUGUAAAUAACAUAUUGGCUACAGAUUCCAAAUCAUCGGAAAAUCAAAGCAACGACGAACAAUCAGAAGCAAGCAAAGAAAAAGAUUCGUCAUCAGAGGAGGAUAGCAACGAAAAACAAAUAUCAAAAGAAACUGACGAUAACAGUGAUAUGUAUGAAGGCAAGGACAUAUCCACACAAGAUAAUGGCAGUUCAAACGAGGUAGAAAUUAUAAAACAAGCAGAACUAGAUUAUGAUGAUAGUUAUGAAUUUGAACACAUUCUCACUGAUGAGAAAUUUAAAUCAUUUGUAGCCACAUCUUUAACCUUACCUGAGAAGAUAAAAUCCACAGAAACAUCAGAGAGUAGUGCUAUCUCUAUUGAAAAUGACAAAAUUUCUAGUCACGACAGUUAUGACUCAGCUGAACGAAAUUCGGCAGGAAGAAUUGAAAUUGAGGGCAAAGACGCAAAUGCAGACAUAUCAAAUAGCUAUGAGUUUAAUUCUGCUGAGGCAUCAAAUAGUGGUGAUCAUUCUCCCGAAAUAGCAAUUGCAGUUUUAGAGAACAGAAACUCUAAACAGAGAGACAGUGAAACCAUAGACAGCGAAAAUGUCUCAGAUAAAGUAAAAUUAUCUCUAGGCAAUAAACAUGGAGGAUACAGUUAUGAAGAAAUAAGUUCAAAGUCUGCUAGUGAUGAAUCAAUUGUCACUGAGCAAACAAAUGAUAAAAGCCAACAUGAUAGUGCAGAAUCCACUAUAGAAAAUAAAUCGAACGAAAGCGAGAAAUCAUCAGAAGAACUUAAAGACAACAGCAAAGAAAACGACAAGCAGGAGUCUGGAAUAAUUCAAGACGCCAUUUCCAGUGAAAGCAGUGAAGAUUCUGAUUCCAGUGAAAAUUCAUCUAAGAAAGAAAGUAUGGAAACUGUUUCUAACAGCAAAUUAGAGAAAAGUUCUGAAACCGUGGAAAGCAAGGAAGGUAAUGAAGUUUCAACUCUUACAGAAACCUCAAAAAGUGACGAAGAUUCUUCGGUCGAAGUUAAUUCGAAUGAAAAUAGCAUUGCAAAAUCUGACAUUUCAAAUGAUGAACAUUCAGACAGUGCUGAUAAGUCAUCUUUGAUAAACUAUGAGUCGGAAGAAAGCAAGGAAGAUUCGGAGCAAGACAGCAAAGAAAACAGUAGAGAUAAAGUUAAUACCUCAAGCAAUGACCACUCAUUGGAAGACAGAAACAACGAUGAACAAACAGAAGAAUCGUCUCAACAUUUCGAACAGACAUCAAAGCAGAGUGAAUCUGUCGACAGCUCCUGGAUCAACGGGAAAGAUACCGAUGAUUCAUCUGAAGAGAAUAGCAGCAACAAAGAAAGCACUGAAGAUAUUGAUGACAAUUCAAAAGCUGGAGGAACAUCAAUUGAAAAUCUUGGCAAAGACGCAACAGAAUCUGAGACAAGUGAAAGCUCAAACAACGAUGAUACUUCUACCAAAAGUGGUGAAGAUUCUAUGAUCAAUAUGAUGCUAAAUAUUGAAAACAAAUCAAGCAAUGAUAAAUCACAACUUGAUGAUUCGAACGAAAAUGAUAAUAAUGUUGACAGCGAGAGUAAUGAGAGCGUUUCUUCUGAGCUUAUCGCUACGGCGCAACGGAUUCAGUCCUCUUUCCUAGAAUCAAAAGAAAAAGGCAAUGAAGGUUCUUCUGAAGAAAGUACCGUGAUCAGUGGCGGCCAAGACUUAAAACUCAAUUCAAAUGAAUUCAGUAGUAACCAGUCUCAAAAAGACGAAAGUGAAGAAUCUGUAGACAGUGAAGAGAAAAGUAAUGAGAAGAGCGAGUCAGUAAACGAUAAACACUCAGAGGAAGAUAACUCAAGUCAACACUCAAAACAAGAUGAAUCAAGUCAACACUCAAAUCAAGAUAACUCAAGUCAACACUCAGAACAAGAUGAAUCAAGUCAACACUCAGAACAAGAUGACUCAAGCGUACACUCAGAACACGAUGACUCAAGUCAACACUCAAAUCAAGAUGACUCAAGUCAAAACUCAGAACAAGAUGACUCAAGCGUACACUCAGAACACGAUGACUCAAAUCAAGAUGACUCAGAACAAGAUGAAUCAAGUCAACAUUCAGAACAAGAUAAAACAAGUCAACACUCAGAACAAGAUGAUUCAAGCGAACACUCAGAACAAGAUGACGCAAGUCAACACUCAAAUCAAGAUGAUUCAGAACAAGAUGAAUCAAGUCAACAGUCAGAACAAGAUGAAGCAAGUCAACACUCAAAUCAAGAUGACUCAAGUCAACACUCAGAACAAGAUGACUCAGAUCAACACACAGAACAAGAUGAAUCAAAUCAACACUCAAAACAAGAUGACUCAAUUCAACACUCAGGACAAGAUAAAUCAAGUCAACACUCAGAACAAAAUGACUCAAGUCAACACUCAGAACACAAUGAAUCAAGUCAAAAUUCAGAUCAAAAAACCUCAAAUCAACUCUUAACACAAGAUAAAUCAAAUCAACACUCAGAACAAAAUGACUCAAGUCAAGACUCCAAACAAGAUGAAUCCAGUGAAGGCAGUGCAAAAUCAACCGAAAACAUGGCUUCCAACCUCCUAGAAUCGAACGAACAUAACGAAAAAGACGAAUCGUCAAAAGAAAAAACAGAUGAAGGGAAAGAAGAUGAUUUAUCAGAUGAAACAUCAGAUGAGUCAAACAAUUCAAAGAAUCCAGAUGGUUCUGUUUCGAAAGAAAAUACAAAGAUUUCGUCACGGGACUCAACAGAAAGCGAAGAGUCGACGGAGGAAACCAGAUCCCAAAAUGCCGCCAGUGUCUUAGAAAAUAACUUUGAUCAUGUUGAUUUCAACUACCCUAAUCCUUUCACAUCACAAUAUUCUAAUAUUUACAGUUCUUUGUAUUACGAUUCUUAUUAUGAUGAUUUACUUAAAAGUGGAAAUGAUCAUAAAAAUUCAAAAGAGACCACCGAUUCCGAUGAUACCAAGGUAUCGCCUAAUGUUAGUUCUAAACAAGAUGAAUCUGGUGAAAAAUCAAGAGAGUCUAAAGAAUCAAAUGAUCCAUCAACACAAAAUGAGGUCAGGCGACCCGGUAGCAAACAAAGUAGUGAUGAGAUUAUAGAAGAGGCAGCAGGAAUACCGUCGAGUAAUGCAGGGGACAACUACUACGAUGAUAAUAUGUAUUUUGAUUUUCUUGGUGGGCUUCUUGAAAAAAGCAGAAUGAAUAACAAUAACCACAAAAUACCUAGCACUGUCUCUAACGAUGAACAUCAGUCAUCUGACGAAAGAAUGGAAAAUAUAAACAAGGAUGACAAUCAAGAAGACGUUCCGACUCGUACAGAUAGCCGAGAUGACAGCUCAGAGACACAAGAUUCAAAUGGUGCAAUUUACACCAAUCCUUGGGCAACAGUGCAGCAUAACCAGAGAAAAGAACCAGAUGAUGCUAUGUCACAAUUCUUUAAUUUUGCUGCCACACGAAAUCCAAUGGAAAAUGGUGUCAUCCAUGGAAUCACCAACGGCUUUGAUGGUGUAAUGACUACAACAAGGCCAAUCGUUCCUGCAGCUGAUUACUACGACGAUGAUGAAGAAUCUCAACGUGAAAGAUCUUUAGGUUUCGUCGGCGCCUCAGAUGAUCAACAUGGUGGUAUUUCUUCGUUGCAUAACGGGCAUGUGCAAGACAAUACUUAUACGCAUAACCAGCACUUUUCGUUGAAUAAUGGCAAUGCACAUUCAGGGAAUUUUGGAGGUGGCAUGUUUUCAGGAAAUCAAAAUUUCGGACUUUUCAAUCAUUUUGAAAAAACUCUAACGAAUAUCCAACAAAAUAUCCCAUCUUUGAAUAAUGACCAGUCUUUUUCAUUUUCCGGUUUUAACCAACAAACAGAAAAUGGGGGUUCAAAUAAUGGCCAUUCACAAGAUUUUGUACGUCAUAUAGAUGGUUCAGUAUACAACAAUGGAAACUUUAAUGAUAACCAAUGGCCGAUGCAAGAAAACAAUUUCCAAGGAGACUUGAAUCAAAAUUUGCAUCAAAUUGAACCUCAUCAGUGGAACCCACACCACACAGGAAACGAACAAUCUCUAACAGAAAGUAUUCCAGCCACAGAAAACAGUCUACAGACAAAUUCCUUAUCUGCCACAGGAUUCGAUCUCUUAUCAAGUUCUCCAUCCGCCACAGGAAGUGUCCUUUCGCCAAGUAUUUCGUCCCACACAUCAAAUGAACAUUUGCCAAGUUCUUCACUCACCCCUCAAAACUCAGGGAGCGAGCACUGGUCAACAGGUGAUAUGCAAGCCUCACCAAUUGAAGCCAGUCGACAAGACAGAAACAUAUUUCUGGAUCCACAAACUAACUACUUCAGUAACAGUGUGCACAGAAGCGCAUUUGGAGCUCCAAACGACCAGUUAGACUUUGAUAUAAACUUCAAUAAUGGAAACAACCCGAUGAUUGCAAAUCAACCUACGAUCAACAAUCGGCCUGUUUCGCACGAUCAACAAUUUUACCAGGAUAACAACCAAUUUUCCGUUCAGAGUGGUAACGGUGCGUCUUUUGGAAUGGUUCAAAACAUCCCUGCUUCAUCCCAGCAGAUGCACGUCACUAACGAAGAUAGCGAGGAAAAAAAUGAUGAAUCAUUUUCAGGUUCACACAGAUCAUCUUUAUCAUCAAAUGUUCAGCCUUCAAAUGUCUAUAGAAAUCCGUAUGCUGAUGAUAAUUUCGAUGAUGACCAUCAUGAAAGUCAUCAGUACGCUAACCAUAAUCAGGAAAGAACAAAUAACCAUAAUGAUGAUGAAAACGAUGACAGCAGUGAGAACAAUAAUGAAAAUGACGACGACACAGAUCGAUGAAAAUAAUUAUGCUGACUUUCGAAAUGCAUAUAUUCGCGAUUUUGGCGUUUUCUCGUAUACAAGUUAAAGUUGUAAAAACGUCAAAUGAGGAACUGAGAUAAAGUGCAAUCAAAUGUACAUAUAGCGCCAAGUCGCGUUCUGGACUUCCAAGCUGUCAUGUCCUCCAAGACAUUUCUAUGUUGACCUACCACGAUUUGAAUUUAUACCAGAAAAUUGUUGCAAUGAAGUAUACUAGUAGUACAACAUUAUGCCCUAUUUCUACGCACUCAUUUGAAACCUGGUAAAAAAAUAUGACUAAAAAUAGCACUUUUUGGUUAAAUUAAAUUUAACGAAAUGUACAGUGGAUGUCCAAAAAUUAUCUUAUCGAAUCAACUGCUUCUUUGAUGACAAUCAUUGCACGAGUUUUCAUAUCAACUUUGAUUUUGCUGCGUUUUGUUUAUGUCUCUGAUUUUCAACGACAUGAAUUGGCGGGAUAUUUAAUUGAGUCAGAAUUAUGUGAACAUUUCUAUUGGUUAGAGAUAUGACAUUUGUGAUCCUGUUAUUAUGCGCAGUAUAUUAAUUUUUGUAUACUUUUCUGAUUUGUGACCAACAUAUUUGUUUUUACAUGAACUUAGUUCCUGUACAUUUAAAUCAUCCAGUUUGCCAUACAGAACUCGUCUUCAUAAUCUAUGUACAUUUAUUUGACUGCUAAAUAUGGAUGAGUGUCUACGAGUGGACGAGUCGCUGAUUUAUAAUUAACAUUUGCCUUAAUUAACUUUUAUUUGUUUGGGACUUAAUUUCCGCAAGAUUUAUACGUACAUUGAUGACAUUCAGCAUCAAUAAAAUGUUUUAUGAUACGGUCAACUUCGAAGAGAAAAAGAGUCUUGGUUUACCAUUGUGUGCUUGAGAGAAUGCAUGUUAUUUUUUAUUAUCGCCUCUUUCAUUAUUUACUGUGCUGGACACAAAUUCCGUGGGUAAAAUGAGCUGGUUUUGUUUUAUCUACAAAGUUGUUAUAUUUAUUUAAACAUUAGAUAAAUAAAAAUGUAUACCUAA